AACCGCGUGGAGGCGCAAGAAAGGCUGGAACCGGAGAGGGAGGGGUUCACGGACAGUUGGCUGCGAGGCUGGAAAUCAGGCCGAGGACCUAGAGGUUGGGCAGAGUUCUGUGGGCGGAGCGAACGAACCAGCCUGCAGGUCCGGGGAUAGAACCGCAAAGUCUCGGGUGGGCCUCUCCCGGAAGCAAGAGGGUUGAAGUUGAGUAUGCUAGGUCCCCACAUCAGGGCUAGAAGGAGCCCGAGUUCCCUAGGGAUCUGUGGGAACUGCCCCGUGACUGUUGGAGAAGAUGCCGUACCUUGGCUCCGAGGACGUGGUGAAGGAGCUGAAGAAAGCUCUGUGUAAUCCUCACAUUCAGGCUGAUAGGCUGCGCUAUCGGAGUGUCAUCCAGCGAGUGAUUAGGCACAUGACUCAAGGGGUGGACAUGUCUGGUGUUUUCAUGGAAAUGGUGAAAGCUAGUGCCACUGUAGAUAUUGUUCAGAAGAAGUUAGUUUAUCUCUACAUGUGUACCUACGCUCCCUUGAAACCAGAUCUGGCUCUCCUGGCCAUCAAUACACUGUGCAAAGACUGUUCGGACCCCAACCCAAUGGUGCGAGGGCUGGCAUUACGGAGCAUGUGUAGCCUCAGGAUGCCUGGUGUGCAGGAAUAUAUCCAACAACCAAUUCUCAAUGGUCUGCGGGACAAGGCUUCAUAUGUCAGGAGGGUAGCAGUCCUUGGCUGUGCCAAGAUGCAUAAUCUCCAUGGAGACUCCGAAGUGGAUGGUGCCCUGGUAAAUGAAUUAUAUAGUUUGCUGCGCGACCAGGAUCCAAUUGUGGUUGUGAACUGCCUGAGGUCUCUAGAGGAAAUUCUGAAACAGGAAGGAGGUGUUGUCAUCAAUAAGCCCAUCGCCCACCAUCUCUUAAAUCGAAUGUCAAAACUGGACCAGUGGGGCCAGGCUGAAGUCUUGAACUUUCUGCUCCGCUACCAACCCCGAAGUGAGGAGGAGCUGUUUGACAUUCUCAAUCUGUUGGACAGUUUUCUCAAGAGCAGCAGCCCAGGAGUGGUGAUGGGAGCCACCAAACUCUUUCUGAUCUUGGCCAAAAAAUUCCCCCACGUGCAGACCGACGUGCUCAUGCAAGUCAAGGGCCCUCUGCUGGCCGCCUGUUCUUCCGAGAGCCGAGAGCUCUGCUUUGCUGCCCUCUGCCAUGUGCGCCAGAUCCUGCACAGCUUGCCGGGUCACUUCAGCGGCCACUACAAGAAGUUUUUCUGCUCCUAUUCGGAGCCCCACUACAUCAAGCUCCAGAAGGUGGAGGUGCUUUGUGAACUGGUGAACGACGAGAAUGUGCAGCAGGUUUUGGAGGAGCUUCGAGGGUACUGCACCGACGUGUCCGCCGACUUCGCGCAGGCCGCCAUCUUCGCCAUUGGUGGCAUCGCCAGGACCUACACCGAUCAGUGUGUGCAGAUUCUAACAGAGUUGCUGGGGCUUCGACAAGAGCACAUUACCACGGCGGUGGUGCAGACUUUCCGAGACCUGGUAUGGUUGUGUCCUCAAUGCACGGAAGCUGUGUGUCAGGCCCUGCCCGGCUGUGAGGAGAACAUUCAAGAUAGUGAGGGGAAGCAGGCACUUAUCUGGUUACUCGGUGUCCAUGGGAAGAGAAUCCCCAAUGCUCCUUAUGUGUUGGAAGACUUCAUAGAGAAUGUGAAGUCAGAGAUGUUCCCAGCUGUCAAGAUGGAGCUGCUCACAGCUGUGCUGCGCCUCUUCCUCUCUCGUCCAGCUGAGUGCCAGGACAUGCUAGGCCGCUUGUUACACUACUGCAUAGAGGAAGAAAAGGACAUGGCAGUACGAGAUCGAGGUCUCUUCUAUUAUCGCCUCCUCUUAGCGGGCAUCAAUGAAGUAAAGCAGAUCCUGUGUAGCCCUAAAUCUGACCCUUCCCUCAGACUUUUGGAGGAUCAGGCAGAAAGACCUGUGAACAGCUGGGCUUUGGACUUCAACACUUUGGUGCCAGUCUAUGGCAAAGCCCGCUGGGCAACCAUCUCUAAAUGCCAGGGAGUAGAACAUCAUGGCCCAGAGCUUCCUAACACUGCAGCCUUUCCCACAUCAGGACCGCUGAUUCCCGCAGAGAACAGGGAGAGGGUCCAGGAACUCCCUGAUUCCGGAGCCCUCAUGCUCAUCCCCAAUCACCAGCUUACUGCGGAGUGUUUUGAGAAAACUUGGCUGAGCCUCAAAGUUGCUCAUCAGCAGGCGUUCCCGUGGCAGGGAGCAGUCCAUCCUGACACCCUGCAGAUGGCGCUGCAAGUCGUGAACAUCCAGACCAUCGCCAUGAGCCGGGCUGGGACUCAGCCAUGGAAAGCCUACCUCAGUGCUCAGGACGACACGGGCUGUCUGUUCCUAACAGAACUGCUGCUGGAGCCUGCGAACGUGCAAAUGCAGAUCUCAGUGAAACAAAGCGAGGCAGGGGCAGAGACACUGAAGAGUUUCACUUCUGUUUUAGAGACUGUGAUAGGAACGAUUGGAGACAUCAAAUCGUAACGGCUUCUUGUCUGUCCUGAGUGAGAUGCAUAGCUCUCAGAGUUCCUUAGUUUUUCUUAUCAUCACUGCUUGUAAGUCCAGAUAAUAUCAGAUGCAAAGGAGAAGGGGAAUCUGGAAAUGAGGAUUCUUCCAUUUUUGUCCAAAGAACAUUGACAUGUUCCUCUCAUACCUAUUGGUGAAUGACCCCACUUUUCCAAGUGAUGUUGUAAAGGUUAAUGUUGGGGAGAGGGUGAGGGUAGAAUUUGUAUUCUUUUCUAAUUAGUUUAAGGGAUUAUUUUACUAAUUAAAGAUGUCUGAUGUGUCUGGAAACUGACAGGGACAUCAGUUUGUAAGGGUCAUCUUUUCUUCCCUGGAUUAUUACAGUAAAUUCCUUACUGUUAUAAUAUUUCUAAUCAUGUUUUUCAGGCCAGAGUUCAAAGUCCUUAGCAGGAUAUCCGAAGUUCCUCCUCUGUGCCAUGUCUCAGCGCUCACCAGAAUACCCCGUGUUCUGGCAAAAGCAAAGCACGUGCAGUUCCCUGAAUAUACUCAGCUCUCUCUUAUCUCUGUGCUUUUACUUCCUGCCUGCAAUAUUUCCUCACCCUCAAAUCUUUUUAAGUAACGCUUAGUCUAUCUUUUGGUGUUCAGCUCAGAUAUGAGCUCUUUCAGGAUGUUUUCUGUGACCCUCGCUGCCUUCAUUAGGGGUUUCAUUCAAGCUGUGAAAGCAGUCAGUGCAUGUGUCUAGCAGUACUAUUGGGGUGCCGCUAAAGAACCCAGCCUCCCAAUGCAGGAGAUAUAAGAGACAUGGUUUCGAACCCUGGUUUGGGAAGAUCCCCUGGAAGAAAACCCAUUCCAGUAUUCUUGCCUGGAGAAUCCCAUGGAAAGAGGAGCCUGGUAAACUACGGUCCACAGGGCCGCAAAGAGCCGGACUGAAGCGACUUCGCACAGCACAGCAGUACUAUUGUAACUGUUUUCUUGUCACUCUUUCUCAUGUUUAAUUUUCUUCAUAACUGACCACAUUUUAGACAUGGAGACAACUUAUGGCCAAAACAGAUGUAAUAAACUGAUGGUAAAGUAUAAAUAACCAGAGAUUCCAGCAUAGGAAAAAUAAAAAUACCUGUUAAGACCAGUUGAGUUAGGGAUGGGAAAGUAUACAAAUGUCCAGGCUGAAAGGGUCUACAUAGUUGAUACAGUUGAGGUCGUAUUUAGCUUUGUAAGUGAUUUGCAUGCUAAGUAGCUUUAGUCAUGUCCGACUCUUUGUGACUUUGUGGACUGUAGCCCGCUCGGCUCCUCUGUCUGUGGGGAUUCUCCAAGAAUGAAUACUGGAGUGGGUUGCCAUGCCCUUCUCCAGGGGAUCUUCCCUACUCAGGGAUCGAACCUUCGUCUCUUGCAUCUCCUGCAUUGGCAGGCGGGUUCUUUACCACUAGCGCCACUUGGAAGCAGCCAGAAUUAAAGAGGAACGGUUGUGUAGUUGUCACCAGAGAGAAAGAAAUAUUUCAAUUCUAAUUUCUAAAAGAAAUUUACAUGUAGUUUUUACAUGGAUGGUACUGAAUGGUAUGUAGAAUACUUGUGUGGCAAGUUAGUAAAGUGUUUCACAUGACUUUCUUGUGGUGUUCUUCAAUAUGAACAGAGAACAUAAUUUUAAUAUGAAGCUUAGUGAGGGCAUUCUUCAAGGACUAAAGAUACUACGACCCAGAUAUCAUCCAGCUUAACUCAAGGACUUCUUCUACCUGGAUCCAUAGAUGGACUGCAUAUCCUUCAAAUAAUGCUUUGCCUAUGAUUUCUCUCAGCUAAUCUUUUAAUAAGAGUAGAAAACAGAUAGUGCUGAAUUUUCUGGCAAGGGCCUGGAUUUAGUCAGUUGUCUGUCUCUGCCAGACAAUUUUUAAGGACAGUGAUUAUCUUUCUUUCCUUCUGUCUACAGUGCCUACAAGAUAGUGGUUACUCAAUAAAUAGUAUUGAAUGAAUGGCUGUAAGUUUUGAAUAAUUAGAUUCUGAUGGUAUUUGUA